AUGGUUGUAAAUGAUGACGCUUAUGGUCUCACGUCAGAGCAGCUUAAAACAUGGGACACCAACGGCUACCUCAUCAUCCCCGACGCACUCGACCAAAGCACUGUAUCUGCACUUCUCCAAGAGACAUAUACGAUGCUCGAUGAGUUCAGUCUAGACGAGCACCCAAUGACAAAGUUCUCCACCGGUGGCGACGACGGUGAGGAUCAUGUUGGCGACAAGUACUUCCUCGAAAGUGGCGAUAAAGUGCGCUUCUUUUUCGAAGAAGACGCAUUCGACGCCUCAGGUACCCUCCUCAAGCCGAAGCACCGCGCUAUCAAUAAAAUCGGACAUUAUCUACACGCUCUGUCACCAUCCUUCCGCGCCGCCUCUAUCUCGACCCAAAACGCCGCCAUCGCAAGAAAUCUGGGUUUCAAGGACCCGCGCGUCCUACAGAGUAUGGUCAUCUGCAAACAACCAGAGAUCGGUGGCGCCGUACCACCGCAUCAGGACAGCACAUUUCUCUUCACAAACCCGCCUAGCGCCGUAGGAUUCUGGUAUGCGCUCGAGGAUGCGACGGUGCAGAACGGGUGUCUGAGCUUUGCGAGUGGGAGUCAUAAGCGGGAGCCGGUGCGGAAGAGGUUCGUGCGAAAGCCUGGUGAUAAUGGGACGACGUUUGUGGAUAAUUCGUGGGAGAAGUUUCCUCAAGGUCUGAGCCGGACAGAGGAGGGCGAGGGUAGAGAGGAGGAGUAUACGAUGGGCGAGGUCAAAGCGGGCAGUCUAGUGUUGAUCCAUGGGAAUCUGCUGCAUAAGAGCGAGCGGAACACCAGUGGGAAGAGUCGCAUUAUAUAUACGUUCCAUGUGAUCGAGGGUGAGAAGACGUAUGAUGCGCAGAACUGGCUGCAACCGCCCGAGGAGGGCUUUACGCGGCUGAUUGCUGCGUAG